CGAACGUACAUAUUUACAUCUUGAACAUCUCCGAUCAUCAUUCCCGGUUGGUUCUCCCAAGUGUCAAAAUGUAUAUCAAAUCUUGAUAUAGUUCCUACAGCAUGUACGACGAAUGAUGUGAAAGUCCUCUUCGGCACCAAGUCCAGAUCGUGAUAAAUGAUAUGAUCUGAAUUUGUGCUACCAGACAAUCCAGACUGUUGCAAUCUCAAUUUCACUGUGCCUCCUUUCUUCCAAGUUGUAUCGAUUUAUACCAGUCAUAUCUGCUCUCCGCAGUCAGAGUAGAGUAGAUUGUAUUCACCUUACUAAGAUAUCAAUUCAAACAUUGAGUUUCCAAAAGACUUCACCCGUCAUAUCAAAGCUUAAAGAUGAAGAGAGUAUAGAGUAAGAAUACCAUGUGCCACAUACAGUACAUCUACUGUAUGGCCUGUCACCGCAGUCUUUGAUUUUCUACCCAUUGGGCAUGGCUUCAAUAUUCAAACGUUCUUUUCAAUGAGUCGUACUAGGUACAUACCCAGUAUUAUUCCGCCGUGGAUUAUUUAUCGUGUCUUUUUUCCUUUUUCCCUUUUUUCCUUUUUAGAUAGACAGACUUUAUAAGUGUCUAGGUUACAAUAAAAUGACAGAUGCAGAAAUGAAGAUCGAUCCGCAGAGAGCCGCCGCUCUCAUAUCGCAGAUCAAGACCGUACGCGAGCGCAUCACCGCUGUUGCCAACGGCAGAGAUGUCCGGCUAGUUGCUGUCUCCAAGUUGAAGCCGGCCAACGAUAUACUGGCUCUCCUAAAUCAGGACUCGCCACCACAACUGCACUUUGGCGAAAAUUAUGCCCAAGAGCUGAGCCAAAAAGCUGAGCUGCUGCCACGAAAUAUAAAAUGGCAUUUUAUCGGCGGCUUACAAUCCGGACAUUGCAAGAAUCUAGCCAAGAUCCCCAACCUAUGGUGUGUCUCGAGCGUAGACACAGAAAAGAAGGCCCAGCUCCUCGACAAAACCCGAGGCGAGCUCCUAUCCACCUUCGCCGCCUCCUCCUCAUCCCCUCCCUCACCCGCCCCCGAGAAACUCAACAUCCACGUCCAAAUCAACACCUCGGGCGAAACCGCCAAAUCCGGGUGCUCCCCUGGCCCCGACGCCAUCUCCCUGUGCCGCUUCGUCGAGGCCGCGCCAAAUCUUCACCUCUUGGGACUGAUGACCAUCGGUGCCAUUGCCCGCAGCGUGGCUACCACGGCCGAGAACGAAAACGAGGAUUUCCUGUGUCUGCGCGAGCAACGUGACCUAGUAACCAAGGAACUAGGGCUGGAGCGGGAGUUGGAGCUGAGCAUGGGCAUGAGCGAGGACUUUGAGGGCGCCAUUGCGAUGGGUAGCAGUGAGGUCAGAGUCGGAAGCACCAUUUUCGGGACACGGCCGCCGAAGAAUGAGGCCAAGCUUAGAGAGUGAAUUCAAAGUGCUCAUUAGUCGGUUGAGAACCCCUGAAAUGAGUAUAAUACACAGGCAAUAGGUAGUUGUAGUAUUAUUCAAAUCCAAGGAGUAGACAUCACAAUCGCCUGAACAGUUUUGG